CUCCAAUAGCAAAAAAAAAAAAAAAAUGAUGGCUUUGAGAUUCUCUCUGUUCCUCUUCAUCUUUUCUCUAUGCUUCAUCUGUGAUUUUACAGCAAUAUCUGCACAAAGAGAUGAUGAAGAUAUGGUCAUUAAAACCAUGGAGGAAUUUUCUGGAUAUCCAAUUCAUGAACCUAACAACUAUCCCAAUACCUUAUCUUCUUUAUCUGUCAACUCUGAAACUCUGCAGAAACAGAUAGAUGAGCUAGCAACUUUCUCGGAUUCGCCUGCACCUUCAGUCACUAGGAUCUUAUACAGUGAGAAGGAUGUAUUAGCAAGGAGGUAUAUUAAAGAUUUGAUGGAACUUUCUGGUCUCUCUGUCAGAGAGGAUGCCGUCGGGAACAUUUUUGGCCGGUGGAAUGGCUAUGAACCUGAGCUCGCCCCCAUUUUAACUGGCUCUCACGUUGAUGCUAUACCAUACUCCGGGAAAUAUGAUGGCGUGGUUGGUGUUUUGGGUGCAAUAGAGGCCAUCAAUGUGCUAAAGCGGUCGGGUUUCAAGCCUAAGAGGUCACUAGAAGUGAUUAUGUUCACCUCAGAAGAGCCCACGAGGUUUGGGAUCAGCUGUCUGGGAAGUCGUUUGCUGGCAGGAAGUGUAGAACUUGCAGAACUUCUGAAGAAGACUGUUGACAGCCAGAAUAUUUCCUUUUCUGAUGCUGCCAAGUCUGCUGGUUACGCAAAUGCUAAGGGGGAUUUAUCUGAAGUCUUUCUCAAAAAAGGAAGCUAUUCUGCUUUCGUCGAGUUGCACAUAGAGCAAGGUCCCAUUCUAGAAAAAGAAGGUACGCUGGUUACUCAGGUCAUCCCGAAGAAAGAGAGUUUCAAGUACCUAGGGUCGACCAUAUAAGGGAAUGGCGAGAUUGACGACGAUG